AUGGCGACAGCCGACGACCAGAGACCAUCCAAAGAAGAGAUCCUGGGCGACCUCGUCGAUGUCAAUACCUUUGACCAGAUCCUCGAGAUGGACGAACCUGGCGACCAGGAAUUCAGCAAGUCCAUUGUCUUUGGCUUCUUUGACCAAGCCGAGGAAACGUUUACCUCCAUGGACGAGGCCCUCGACAGCGAGGACCUCAAGAAGCUGUCGGAGCUUGGCCACUUCCUCAAGGGCUCGUCGGCGACCCUCGGGCUGGUCAAGGUCAGGGAGGGAUGCGAAAAGAUUGAGCGAUACGGCAAAAAGGAGGACGGAGACGGGAACAAGGAGGAUGGCGACGGGAAAGAGCUCGACGCUGACGUGUGCUUGAAGCAUAUCAAGGUGGCUCUCAAGGACGUCAAGAAACAGUACCAGGACGUCGAGCGCGCUCUCCGAAGGUUUUACGACGACAGAGAAGAGGCCUAA